AUGGGCGAGAUAUACUCGCCUUCGCAGUCGAAGGGAUUCAAUCAACCAUAUGGAUACCCGAUGAAUUGUAAUCUGAGCCGAGUUUUUAUGGAAAUGACAGAAGAGGAUCGGAAAUGUUUGGAAGAAAGGAAAUAUUGGUGUUUUUUAUUAAGCAGCAUAACCACAUUCUGUGCUUCGAUGAUACUCGUUGUUAUAUGGCGCGUCGUUACCCAUUUAUGUUGUCAGCGACGAGAACGAGAGUUCCCUGAGCCUGUGCCACCCCCAGAAGUGGUUGCUAUCAAUAUGAACGGGUCAAAGCACAUAGGUGGCGAAGCAGACCCAUUUUUAAAGCAGCAACAAGAAGAGAAACAUUUGGGCUGGAUGACAGAGGCAAAAGAUUGGGCUGGAGAGCUGAUAUCUGGUCAGAGUUUGACGGGACGAUUUCUCGUUUUACUGGUGUUCAUUUUAUCAAUUGGAUCACUUAUUAUAUAUUUUUAUGACGCUAGUUUUCAAAAUUUCCAAGUGGAAACAUGCAUACCAUGGCAGGACAGUCCAUCUCAACAAAUCGAUUUGGGGUUCAAUAUAUUUUUUCUUGUUUACUUUUUCAUUCGAUUCAUUGCCGCAUCAGACAAAGUGUGGUUUCUAUUGGAGAUGUACAGUUGGAUCGACUUUUUUACGAUUCCACCAAGUUUUGUUGCCAUUUAUUUGCAAAGGAACUGGUUGGGGUUCCGUUUCCUCCGUGCUUUGCGUCUCAUGACAGUGCCCGACAUUCUUCAAUAUCUGAACAUCCUCAAAACCUCGUCUUCCAUUCGUCUCACUCAGCUUGUCACAAUUUUCGUGGCAGUUUGCUUAACAGGAGCCGGACUAGUGCAUUUAUUGGAAAACUCUGGAGAUUUUUUCAAAGGAUUCAUAAAUCCGCAUCGGAUAACAUACGCAGAUUCAGUAUAUUUUGUGUUGGUCACAAUGUCGACAGUAGGAUAUGGUGAUAUUUAUUGUACAACACUAUGUGGACGACUGUUCAUGAUAUUCUUUAUUCUGUUCGGUUUGGCCAUGUUUGCCAGUUACGUACCCGAAAUCGCCGAUCUGAUAGGAAAUCGACAAAAGUACGGAGGUGAAUAUAAAGGAGAGCAUGGAAAGAAACACAUCGUAGUGUGUGGACAUAUCACAUAUGAUUCUGUUUCACACUUUCUGCAAGACUUUCUCCAUGAAGACAGAGAUGACGUGGACGUGGAAGUGGUAUUUCUGCAUAGAGUGGUGCCGGAUUUAGAGUUGGAGGGAUUGUUCAAGAGGCAUUUCACAAAAGUCGAGUUUUUCACUGGUACUGUCAUGGACUCGCUAGACUUGAGCAGAGUUAAGAUUGGUGACGCCGAUGCCUGCCUAGUUCUUGCCAACAAGUACAGUACCAAUCCCGACGCAGAAGAUGCUGCCAAUAUUAUGCGUGUCAUUUCAAUAAAAAAUUACUCAUCUGAUAUCCGAGUAAUCGUGCAACUAAUGCAAUAUCAUAAUAAAGCAUAUCUUCUGAACAUUCCGUCAUGGGAUUGGAGACGUGGUGAUGACGUCAUCUGUCUAGCAGAGUUGAAGUUGGGCUUCAUUGCUCAAUCUUGUCUAGCCCCUGGAUUUUCAACAAUGAUGGCUAACUUGUUUGCGAUGAGAAGUUUCAAAACGUCUCCUCACACACCACUCUGGCUCAACGACUAUUUACGUGGGGCUGGAAUGGAAAUGUAUACUGAAAGUCUGAGUCCCGCGUUUGUCAACAUGUCCUUUCCAGAAGCCGCCAACCUUCUUUUCAACCGUCUUGGUCUCCUCCUCCUGGCCAUCGAACUUAAAGAUGAAGAAAAUAAAGAAUGUAAUAUAGCCAUCAACCCUGGCCCAAAUAUUGUCAUCCAACCACAAACCCAGGGGUUCUUUAUUGCUCAAAGUGCAGAUGAAGUGAAGCGAGCAUUCUUCUGGUGUAAACAAUGUCAUGAUGAUAUUAAAGAUGUAUCGAUGAUUAAGAAAUGCAAGUGCAAAAACUUAGCUCUGUUCCGGCGAAACACGAAACACUCCACAACAGCACGUGACUACUCGGAUUUUGAUGCUCUAUUCUAUCAGAAUGACGCUAGGGCCACUGAGGUCCUUCAACAAUUCCAACCCACAAUACCGCCAAUGACUCAAAUGGGACCGAUGGGACACCUGGGACAACAGGUUCAACUGAGGAUGAUCAAUCAGCAAAGGCCUUCGUCCGGAGGAAGGAGGAAUUCUAUGAGUAUACCACCAGAUGGCCGAGGUGUUGAUUUCAGUAAAGACUUUGAGCAACAGUUCCAAGACAUGAAGUACGACAGCACUGGAAUGUUCCAUUGGUGCCCUAGCAGGAAUCUGGAAGACUGUGUACUCGAAAGACAUCAAGCCGCAAUGACAGUACUGAAUGGUCACGUGGUUGUGUGUCUAUUUGCUGAUCAAGAUUCUCCAUUAAUUGGGCUCCGGAAUUUCAUAAUGCCGCUUCGAUCUUCCAACUUCCAUUAUCAUGAGUUGAAGCAUGUCGUGAUUGUCGGAGACUUGGAAUAUUUGAGAAAAGAAUGGAAGACGUUGUACAAUCUACCAAAAAUCUCUAUAUUAAAUGGCUCUCCUCUCUCUCGUGCGGAUCUUCGCGCAGUCAAUAUAAAUCUAUGCGAUAUGUGUGUGAUCAUCUCCGCCAGAGUACCGAAUACAGAGGACACCACUUUGGCAGAUAAAGAGGCGAUUCUGGCUUCUCUAAACAUAAAAGCUAUGCAAUUCGAUGACACACUCGGAUUCUUUCCAAUGCGGCAUCAAACCGGAGACAGGAGUCCGCUGGGUAGCCCAAUUUCAAUGCAGAAAAAAGGUGCCAAGUUCGGGACGAAUGUUCCAAUGAUUACUGAGCUAGUCAAUGACUCUAAUGUGCAGUUCCUCGACCAAGAUGAUGAUGACGACCCAGACACAGAGCUGUACCUAACCCAGCCGUUUGCCUGUGGUACUGCAUUUGCAAUUUCAGUGCUAGACUCCUUGAUGAGCACGACUUAUUUCAAUGACUCUGCGUUAACCCUAAUCAGGACCUUGGUUACUGGAGGCGCCACCCCUGAACUUGAACUAAUCCUAGCAGAAGGGGCGGGACUGAGAGGUGGCUAUAGUACACCGGAGACACUAUCAAAUAGGGACAGAUGCCGAAUUGCGCAGAUAUCGCUGUCUGAUAAUCCGUACGAAGGUGUUGGGCACAACACUACAUAUGGUUCAAUGUUCACAAUAGCCUUGCGAAGAUAUGGACAACUUUGUAUCGGAUUGUAUAGGCUACAUGAUCAAGAUAAUCCUGAUUCGAUGAAGCGUUAUGUGAUUACAAAUCCACCGGCGGAGUUGAGGAUAAAGAACACUGACUACGUAUAUGUAUUGGAACAAUUUGAUCCUGGACUCGAAUACGAACCUGGAAAACGACAAUUUUAG